ACUAUAUAGCAUUGGAUUUAAGAGUUUGAUAAUAGAAUGAAAAGCGUGUAACAAUUUUACUUACCAUUAAUUGGAUAUAACAAUAGAAAUUAAUUACAUUUUUUAAAGAAAUCGAAUACUUGCAAUUGCAUUUAUUUAAAACCUGGACUUAGCAGAAAAUUUAAUGUAGUUUAAAAAUUGUAUGGGAUUCAACUUUAAAAGGAGAAGUUCCUUGCGCAUCUGAAUAUUUGACGAAGUUCUGACACUUUUUGAAGAAGUUCUGACGUAAAAAGAACAGAGAGAGAAAGAGUAAAAAGGGGGAUUAAGUUAAAAGGAUAUUUGUUUUUCGUUGAUGCAGGAUACAGCAAUUGAUGCUUUUCCACGAGUGGCUGCAUGGUUGUUAAUCUUUAAGAUAGAUCCGGAUUUUGUAGAUUUUGCAUUCAUAGUGGUGAAAUGAUGUGAUAUGUUGGAUUUGCACAUCGAAAUGUGAAACAGAUCAAACAAAAUGUCAGAGCGACGAAAAAUUAACGACAUAUAAGUGAUACAUGUAUCCAAGUGAUAAGUUUGAUUUCGAAUUUUGAACCGGGAUACAGUUACUAUUCGUCAUUCUAGACAAGUGUGAUAAUAUUAUUAAAUUCUGGAUUAUACAGUGGGGAAAUAAUCACUAAGUUGAAUGAGUGACUCGUGUGUAACUUCGUUAAGCGGCUACUGGUCGCAUCCAUGUGGUCUAAAUAAGCAAUGAGCCCCGCUUUGACCGCAAGUGCUAGUUUACCAGCCACGACUUUAUCUGGUUCCCAGCCGGCUCCCGUGAUCCCGCAGUGGAAUAACCCUAUCCCCGACGGCUGGAGGGAGCUAGACGGCAAGAGAAAGUUCUGUUUCCAGGCGGAUCAUAACAUGUUUCUCGAGAUGCACCGUAAUGGUACCAGAGGUGUAAAUGAAACCACGAAAUUCUGUGUGCUAACUAUACUCAUAAUGAAUAUCACAGGUGUGAGACUGAAUAAUGACAGUAGCCAGGCACUGGGGAAAUGGAGUGAUACUGGACGUGGGCCUAGUGGUAUGGUGUGGAAUGAUCCCCGGUCUUCAAAUACACGUCACGUUAUAUUAGGAAGCUCUACGGGUCUUUUUCUAUGUAUGGACGACCAUAGUGUAGUGUAUCAAUCGCCAAAUUUCAAUACCAACCAUUGUGUGUUCGAUCAUGAAUAUGAAUAUGAAGGCUAUAAAGAAAGAUAUUACCGUCGUGUAAAUAACACUAUGCCAAAAUGGUAUUUAGGAAUGAAUAAAGACGGCUCCAUGAGAUGUGGUAAUGUGACUAGAAAGAAACAAAAGGGUGCUAACUUUACUAAAUUUUUUAUUGCGGGAAUUAGUGAAAAAACAUCUCCACCGUUUGAAGAACCGAAAAAAGAAUGUUGUACAAAUAAGGCUUGCAAAACACGACGGAAAGAUAGGAAAGGCGAGGAAAAGGGAAAAAGAAGGAAAAAACGAUGUUAUAAAAAGUGGUGUAGAAAGCAUAGGAGACGAUUCUUUACAUUAAAACUUAAGGAAUUAAGACGUUAUUAUAACAGAUGUGUGAAAAAAGUGAUUAGGCAUUGUCCUAAAAAACGUAAAAGCGUUGACAGAUGAUAGUGCUUAGUGCGCAUGUGCGGAAUUUCAUAUUGAACAUUUGAGAUUGCAUAUAGAAGUGCUAUUUAUAGUACUGAAAGCGGAAUUGUGAUUUCAGAGGAUGUGUAUUUAUUGUGGUCUAAAGACAGGAUCCGGCGUAUUUUCUGAACAAAAUUCAAUUGAUGUUCAGAAAUGUGGGGUGUGCAAAUCUCAAAAGGUGCCAGUUGGAAGUGAAACAUUUGACGGACAGUUCGUGAACAUUUCAGCUGUAAUUUCUUUUUCUUAGUAUUUACAAAAUGAAGAAUGUCUCGGUGUAGUUUCGUGUCUAGAAAAAAGACUAGAUUGCCAAGAGUUUUGGCAGGAGAACCACUGGUGCUGCAAGUGACAGAGUAUAUUAUCCAGAUACUUUAAAGUGGAACACGGUCAUAAAUUGUCCUGUGUUAUUUAAAGCUAUAAAACACAUCUGUGUUUUCUACGCAUGCAUUCCUUGUUGCUGUCGAAUGUUAUGUCUUUAAAGAUCUUCAGUCAAUAAUUUUGCAUGUCUUAACACUUUUUUGCUGCAUUUAUUUUUUUAAGCAUUUCAACAUUAUUAUCACACGAGUGUGCAAGCCGUUAAAUGGUCUUUGGAAAAGUAUACGGAACACGUCAGCAUAUUGUUUAUAAAAAAAAUGGGAUACAUUUUUCCCACUUACUACGUACUAAAUUUUUUCUCUUUUUGGGCGUAUACUCAUUUGGACGUUGCGAAAAUGGAUUUAACCAAUUUCGAAUAAAAUUCAGAAGCAUAAGUGAUAGCUACACAUUGACAACAACUCGAUCAAUGAUGUAUUUGUUUUCGUCAGUUAACUGUGAUGACGAUAUUUAUUGCAUUUUUAAAUGAGCCGCGACAUGAGAAAACCAACAUAGUGGGUUUGCGACCAGCAUGGAUCCAGACCAGCCUGCGCAUCCGCGUAGUCUGGUCAGGAUCCAUGCUGUUCGCUAACAGUUUCUCUAAUUGCAAUAGGCUUUGAAAGCGAACAGCAUGGAUCCUGACCAGACUGCACGGAUGCGCAAAGCCACUAUGUUGGUUUUCACAUGGCGCGGCUCAAAUCACUUUUCGCUUGACAAUAUUACCCGAUGGUCCGUGAGGCCGAAAUAGGUUAUUUUGUAUCAGAUUUUUCUUGUGACCUUUUAAGCAACAUAGAUUGUUACAAAUUUAUGAUUAUCGUUCUAGGGCAACUUAAAUUAUCGGACUAAAAUACAAACUCAUUUAUGACACGGACCAGUGAUAGGGUAAAGGUAUCUGUGAUUGUCGGGGGAGAUCUGCUCUUGUUGUAGAUAUAAUUUAUUCAGAUUCUCCCCCAAAAUGAAUAGGUUGACAAGCUGUGGUAUCUUUUUUAAUAGCUUGUCCACACAAAAUUCUAUAAUCUACUUUAACUUUCUAAAACUCAGACAUGAUUUGGAAUUCUGAUAUUUUGUUUCUCAUUACAUGACAAAUGAAUAGAACUGCAUUUCAAUUUUCUGAAACUUAAUCGAAUCAUCAGCAUUAAAUACCUCAGUGUAUAUACUCACGUGAUGCCAUCUUCUAAAUUAUGACGUCAUCAUUCUAUUAGAUGUAACAGUAUGUUAGGUAAAUGACGGGAACAUGUUGUCAGUGUGUUAAGAUUUGAAUAAAGCGCAUGCGUGAAUGUUUAAAUCCACCUUGGAUCUUGACUUAUUGUGCAAUACUUUUUUUUAUUUACUGUCAUUUAAAAAGGGUUUGAAUUCUUCUAGAUCGUCACAUUUUCUGUUUUAUAUCCAGUAUAACUUGUUUUUCAACACAUUUGACAAUAGUAAGAAAAUGAGUGUACAUUUUUUUAACAUGUUCAUUUUUUUUUUAGUUUGAUACCUCCUCUUAAUUUCUUUUGAAACCAUUUUUUUUUUCAAAGACAAUUUUUAGGAAGAAUAUUUACAUUCAGUCAUGUGCAAUGACCUGUUUAUUUUGCUAAUGAUUUCUGCUUCUAACUUUCGCUUUUCGUUUCACCCUUUCGCACUAAGUGGUGGCAUUCUAGAAGCUAUAUCUGUAAGCAAGGUAUGAGGUCCAGCAACAGGACAUUUUUAUACUGUUUAUGGACACAAAUAGGGACCAACUCAAAUGAAGAACUUUUUCUUCAGACUUUCGUUUCAGUGUAAAUUUUUAAUUACUAGUAAUCUAAACGGAUAUUAUCUAAUUUAUCAUUUUGAUUGUCACUAUAUUUCUUUUUUAAGAACAGUUUACUAAUUAUACUCAAUAGCCUGAAAUUUUUUUACUAUUAUUUUCCUCUUUACUUCCCGCCUUCCUUUAACAGAGAAAUCCCCUUGGUGUCCACCAACAGUAUAUUACACUGUUUUUUUUUUUCACCGUAAAUCAGUAUUUUUCAAAGUCAUACAUUUUCUUUAUUAUAAAUAUGUUUAGUUUAGUUUAUUAUGUAAUUUGAUUUCCAUCGAGUGCCAUGCAAAUGAGAAUGUUAAGCAUAAUUUCGAUAUUUAAUUUUGGUUUUACUUUCGUUUGUUGUCAAAAAUAAUCCUGUAAUGUGUAAUAAUUUUACAAGUACAUGAGCUUUAUUUUACCAGUUUUUACACAGAUAUUAUCAGAAAUCUGAAAUAAAAUCUAUUAUGUAUGUCACAUUUGUACAAUAUCACAAUUUUGCUUCUUACUGAAAGAAUAAUGUUAGAAAUGCUACACGUUAUACGUUACUGGUAUUACGUAAAGGAACUAUAUCACAUACGUUACAUUUUAUUACUUUCUCUAAAGAGAGCAGUGGCCCAAUAUUUUCAUACUCGUGAAGCCAAGCUUAUACCAAAGGUUUAUUUAUGAUAAGUUGUUAAAAAUGUUUUGUAUAUUUUGUUAUAACUUACGUAUAGAUAGAAAAGAGUGCAGAUUGAAGAUGUAGAAUAUGUAAUAGUCAUUACAUUUUAGUAACCUCGUGUUUUAUCAUAUCAAAACUUAGUUGACAAAUUUGUAUUUUUUUUUAUCUUGAAGCGGUACAAAGCAAUAUUUCACUAACAGAUAUAAUCUUUAUCUUUAAAUGUACAUCCAAACGUACUUUUCUUUUGGACAUUUCCCAUCAAAUGUAUUAAACAUGGCUAGAUAUAAAACUGCCUGUUUAUCCACAAUCAAAUGUCAUGUAAUAAGAUUGAUUUAUUCGCGUUUUCAUAGAUGCUAUGAAGUAAUUGUUGAUUUUUUUCUCAAAUAUGAGAUUUAGGCAUAUAACUUUUAUAUUAUAGAAACAGAAAAUACAUACACGUGUCUUGUUGUCUGCACUCUGUUCUAUCUAUUAAUGUAAAUGCAGUUAUUGUUGUAAAAUAAGUUACAUGUACAGUCAAUGUAAGAUGUCAUGGACAAUUUCCUUUUGUUUAAGAGUGGGCAUUAAUGUCCAGUCUUUAUGACAAAAAUAAAAUAUGAAAAUUUGAACAAA